AUGAGUCCACCGCUAUUGGGUCGUAUCAGCUCAUCUGUUAUCAUUCCUACUGCUAAUAAUCCAUUUUCGAAUUCAAUUCAUUCAACUGCCCGAGUUGUUUAUCCGCUUCUCAUCUUUAUGUCCCUCAUAGCACCUUCAGUAGCAAAUGGUGGACGAUGUUUCAUUCUUCAAAAAGGUCUGAGUAUAGAUGGAGGGAAUUAUCGUAGAAUCCGAGAACUGACCCACAAAGAAUGUGCUCUAGAGUGUCGUGAUGAUCCAUCCUGCUUGGCUUAUGAAUUUUCAGACGAUGGCUCGGUCUGCUAUCUGAAGGCUCGUUCACUUUCUGGAGGUUUGACGAAGAAGCAGGACACCUUCCUCGGUUUCUGUCUUGAUGAAAACGAUGAAAUUCGGGAUAGAUUCCGUGAUCAUGUAGUUACUGGUCCACAAUUGGCUACAAAAGCUAAUUGUAAAUCCGAUGAUUGCCGUGAUUAUUGUCUAGAUGUGCCUGGCGCAGUUAUUUAUUCGUGGACGCCAGAUGAUAGCAGUAAUGAUGAAUCAGAUAUUGGUACAUGCUCAUGUAUUGAAUCUUUACGAAGUGUGAACUUGGAGUUCAACAGUUUUGCUGGAAUUUUACCUCCGAAACGUCAUGCACGCAGACUGGAGAACUCACUGUUUGUGUGA